UCUUCAGCUCUUCUAGACUUCAGGUAGCACGUGUCCUCUCUACACAUUCUCGAGGGCGCCCACCCACUCCACUCGCAUCGUUUCUUCUUCCCACCAUCCCACCAGCCGCCGGGCUUCCAGAAGCUUUCGCUGGGCGCCAGCGCCACCAUGGCUGCCGAAGGCAAUGCUCCGUCGCUCGCCGAGGAAUAUUCGCUGCCAUCCCAAGAGGUCCAAGUACAUAAUCCAUCUGAGGAGAAAUCUGCUGUCAGGACUACGGCUGAAGUCGUCCCUGACAAAAGUGCUGAAACUCCAGCAGCUGAUGAGACCACUGUUGCUGUCAAAGAAACAAGUGAAACUCCAGAGGUGAAAGAACCCUCCGAGAAGCCAGAAGCUGAGGACAGCUCUGCUGCUGAAGAAAGUAGUGAGGUCUCUGAGGAAGCAGCUGAUGAGAAACCAGAAAUUAAGAUUGAGACAGCUCCAGCAGAUUUUCGUUUCCCAACAACAAAUCAAACAAGACAUUGCUUCACACGCUAUAUUGAAUAUCAUAGGUGCGUAGCUGCAAAAGGGGAGGGUGCUCCUGAGUGUGAAAAGUUUGCUAAGUACUACAGAUCACUCUGCCCAAGUGAAUGGAUUGAGCGUUGGAACGAGCAACGUGAAAACGGCACGUUCCCUGGACCCCUGUAAUGCUUCUCAGAGAGGCAAGCUGUGAUCGUUCUUGUCCUUGCCUUCGUUGAUAGCUACAAGGACUACCACAAGUACUUUUCAGAGUUUUGUCAAAAUAAAAGUUUAGGUUUGACGUGCAAGGAAGUCUAAUGUUAAACACCACCCAUGUGUUUUUUAGCAUUUCAACACAUGAUUUUUUGUGUCUAUGACAUUGGGGCCCACACCUCAUUCCUCUCUCAAUCUCUUCCUCUUCCUCUCCUCCCUACCUCCUCAUUCCUCUCUCUCUCUCUCUCUCUCUCUCUCUUCCUCUUCCUCCCAUCCCUACCUCCCGACGCCCGCCUUGCCCCUGACGUGCGCCUCCGCCGCCGUGCCUGCGCACCUCUGCCGCUGUGCCCAUGCGCCGUUGCACCCGUGCGCUGUUGCGCUCGUCCCUCCUCGACGUGCCUCCCUCAGCGCGGCCUCUAGCGGCGUCCGCAACCGUGCCCUCGUGCCUGCGCUCGGGCCUCUUCUCAUUCUGAUCAAUGAUCUAUGAUUGUGCUUGCAUAGAAAAAAAUUAUGACAUGUUUUUUCAUAGAAAAAGAUUGUUUCUUAUGA